AUGGCUUUUUUUCCCACUCUGACAGAGGAACAGCUGAAAAAGCUGUACGGGUCCUGGUUUGCAGAGAAGGGGGGCCGGCCAGAUCAGGAGCCUCCACCUCUCAGCGAUGAAAAGGACGAGGUCAUCACCCUCCAACUUCUUCAGCCAUCGGGACGAUCGACUUCUUGUCGUGUCAGCCUCCGGGACCGCAUCUCUGAUGUCAAGAUGAGGGUCAAAGAUGCCCUGUCUAUGAGAAGCGGUUAUGUGAGGCUUAUCCGUGACGGACAAGAGCUUCUGGACAUAAAGAGCACGGUAAAGGAAAAUGGCCUCAGCGAUGGGAAGACGAUUACGGUCAUCUUCAAUCAGUCAUACACGUAUGCUUCGUUCCGUGAUGGGGAGAAGCCACCUUGGGAGUCAGAUUGGGGUCCCAAGCCGACGUAUGACCACGCUCCGAGCCCGCGACACAAGCAUUGA